AUGGCGACCGGGCAUCACCAUCCUCACCGGACGUCGUCCCGCUUUCCUCCAGGAAUCUUCGUGAACCUGCAAGUCGGGGUAUCAUGUUCAAAAGACGAUAGACCCCACACGGCAUCAGUCAACUAUGCAACAAGGAGCAUGAGAGAAAGAUUGUAUCGCCAACAGCAGGAGGAAGAAUGGCGAUUACUGCAACUACAACAACACCCUCAGGAUCUGAUGCCGGCGAAUGGACAGUACGCAGUUCGCCACUCGCGGCAUCAUCAACACAACCGUGAGCAGCGACGGUUAACGGUCAGGACGAGAGAGCAGCAUGAGAGAGGCAGCUCCGCUCCACCAGCUUUGUCUGAUAGACUCCAACCUUUCAGUCCCGUUAGCCCUAUUGGACCCAUCCAUCCUCACGAUCCCGUCCUCGGCAUCACACACACACACAGCUUACCGCCUCCGGGGACAGAAAGGCCCCUUCCUCCACUACCUUCUCGGUUCCGUCUUGGUGAAGAUGAAUUGCCAUGGUCAUCGGAACCUUGGUAUCAGCCUCAAUCGCCGAGUUAUCGAGCACCUUCGAUCCUCUCAAUUGAGCAUGAGGAUCGACGUGGGGAGGACCCCCAAAGAGUACGGGAGCUGGAGACGUUGCAUGCGGCUAUGAUGACUGUGGAUAGUAUUCCUCAUGAUGGAUGGGAGCCAUGGACGUGGGAUAGUGUGGGGGAAAUGCCCAGGGGACCACUAAGUCUGGGUUGGGCUGUGAGCAGAGACGAUUCGACGUUAUCGCCGGUUUCUCCACCAGGUCCCCCGCCCCCGCCACCGUACGUCGUCAGUCAAUGGGAGCAAACAUUUGGACGGAACGACGGUAUACGACCUAUGAGUUCAGGAUGA